AUGAAUUGGAGACAGAGUUUGCUUUCGCAUCAAUCUAUUAAUUUAUUAUCCGUUUCUAAUUAUAUACGCCGAUUUCAUCUUAGUAACUACCAGAUUUUAUGUAAGAAAUACGAUUUAGAUUAUUCUAACUACCCAAAACUAAAUAAUGGGGAUUUGGAAGAACAGUUUGUUAGAGGAAGUGGACCCGGAGGACAAGCUGUAAAUAAAGCAAUGAAUUGUGUAGUGCUCAAACAUAUACCGAGUGGACUGGUGGUAAAAUGCCAUCAAACCAGAUCGCUCGAGAAAAAUCAAGAGAUAGCUCGCGAAAUAUUAACUGAAAAGUUGGAUAGUAAACUAAAUGGAGAAAAUUCAAUUGCCAACCAGAAAAAACGAUUUGACGAAGUGCGUAGCAAAGCGAUGGAACUCAAAAAGAAAAAACUGAAUCAACUUAAGAACGAGUGGAAAAAACGAGAAGGUCUUUUGAAGGAAGAAUGAUGUUAAAAAAAGUUAUGGAAUUCUGUCUAGAUAACUGGAACCUCUAACUUUCGUUGUAAAUAAUGUUUGGAAAUGUAUUUCGAUAUUAAAUGGAUUGUUAUGA